GGGAGGGCUCGCUCUGUCUUCUCGGAAGAGCGAGCGGGGAGAAGAGUGAAGAAAUCCCGUGAAUGUGUGAGUGAGAGGAGCACCGUCGAUCUCCUUGCCCGGAAGAUUCUCUGACCGUCGAUCUUACGCCAUUCUUCUGCAGAAGCUUCUUCUUCUUCUCUCUCUCUCUCUCUCUCUCUUUCUUUCUUUCUGGAAGAUCCUUUGGACGGCAGGGAUUUCCUGUGAACAAUCGGGCGAUGGUUGUCCGCCGGACGGCUGUUUUCCUUUGUAGCAUAGGCCUUGAAGAUCGAGGAGGCGGAAGAGGAGGCGUCGCAGUCCAGGAUGCAGCCGGCGACGAAGAAGAGGAGGAUGUCCUGUUCGGCGUAUCUGCUUCUACGCCUUUAUGGACAUCGGUGAAGAGAGGGAACAAGAGGAAAAGGAAUGGACAAGCGUGGAAACGCAGCCAAGUAUCCUCUGAGGCGACGGCUUUCUGCGACAUCUGGAUCCAAAAUUGUCUCCGUCUACAAUGGAGGAGGGGCCGUAGAUUUUGCAGACCGGGAGAAGAAACCCAGAAGGUGGCAGGAGGAAGAGGUGGUGGUGGUGGAGGGGGCAGAAAGAAAGAAAGAGGCGUCUUAUGCUCAUAGAGCCGGCGGGUCUAGCCCUGACGUCGACACGGAGGAGAAGAUUGUCGCCAGUGACAUGGUCGAUGUUUCUGAGGGAGAAGAGGCCACCCGGCAACCCAAGAGGGUGGCCAAGAUCCAUAAUCAUGGAAAGGCAUUGGACGACUGUAAUACGGUUGAUCCCGCUACGGUGCCUCGGAAGUUGCGGUCUGCUAUGAACAAGCGCAAUCGUGAAUCUAUUUCCCCACCAUUGCCGGAAUCAAAGAAAUGCAAUGGCUCCAGUGGAAGUAGAUUGACACCCAUGGGAUAUUCAAAUGGCAUAAAGAAAUCUAGACAGAGCCUGAAGCAGGCCAAUGCAAUGGACAGAUCCCCAAGGACAACAGUUCCCAUAGCGGUAACAAAAACUGAAGAAGAAGUGGCAGAAGCUCUGUAUGACUUGUCAAGAAUGUUUACUGGUAGUCCUGUUAGAAGCAAAACUGCAGAGACAGAAAUUGAAGAAACAAAACCAUUGCCUUCGCCAGAGGAGAGACCUAAUAGAUUGCCUCUUGAUUCUGCUGCUGAAGAUGCUAAGAAGAGGGAACAGGAGAUGGUUGAUGCGUCUACUGAUGAUGUAUUGAGAAAUCCUGUUGACGUUAAAACUUCUGCAGAUCCUACUACCAUUAUAGCCCAACCUCGUGCUGCUAUCCCUCUCCCUGAAAAGCUUGAUCUAGAGUCCCAUGUUCAGUUGGAUCCACAUAACAAUACUCAGUUCGAGAAAAAAUCAUCAGCGCUACCAUUAACUGAUGUUUCCAAUGUACCGGUGCCUCCACGUGGUGACUCUGAGAAAGGAUUGAUACAACCUCCCAUGUCUGAUUUGCUUCCACCAGAUCAAGCCGAGAAAGGACCUCUGCAGUCUGAAAUCUUCGUUGUGAAAAGGUUGGAGCCUUCUGAAAACCUUGAGACAUGUGCAUCCCUUGGGAGCAUGCCAGGAGUUGCUCCUCCACUUUCAAGCCACAACAUGAACUACGGUUCAUACACUGAUUUGGAUUUAUCAGGACUGUCUUCAACGAAGACCACGGCAUUGGGAGGUUCAAAAUCUGCUGUUUCUACUGGAAAGUGUCCAGAUUCUGCAAAGCAGACAUGGAAACGAUGUGCUAUUCAUGUGCAUCUAUGCCACUUUAUACGUUGCCACCAAAAUGAUAGCAAGCUUCCCACGUGGGCGGUUCUCUCUUGGCAACAACCAUCAAGGGUAAACGGGGAUACCCAGAAAACUGGUACCAACUCUGUUUAUAAUCACAGCAUCUCGUCCAGCCCAACAGCACAUUCUACUGUCGAAAGGAAUCCAAAGAGCGGGUGCUCCCAACUGAUUCAAGGGAAAAUACCAGCUUUCGAUGGGGUACAGUCUGGGGAAACACAGGGUAUCGACUUUUUGUCACUAUCUCCAAGUGCUAGUGAUGGAGCUAAAUUAAGGAGACUAAACUCUGGCGCAGUAGAGUCCACCCUGCCUGCCCCUUCUUCCUUCUUGAGUUCUGUCCAGCACCGGUCGCCCUUCUCCAUCCAACCUGCACAGCUCCACACGGGGUACACAGACCAGCAACUAGCAGCAACUGCUUCCCAGCAGAUGCAGGUUCAGUUUCAGGUACAGUUGCCUCAGUAUAUUGCUAAUCCGUUCCUCAACCCUCAUUUCGCGGCUACUGCAGCGACUACUCCGGCGGGGAAGCAGCAACAACAGCAGCAGCAGCAACUUUGGGUGUCGCAAAUGGCACAAUACCAUCAAGCUGCUCAAUUUCCAAAGUGGUCAAAUGGAAGGAACGACGUGGCUUCUCUCCUCCCCAGCAGCCAGCCUCUGUCUUUGCUGGACCCAUUGAGCAACACAUUUGCUCAAAGCCAACAGCUUUUUCCCUUGACUUCAGCCCGGAACAAGAACCAGCAGCCCCCGCCACAGCGACAGCAAAUUUUCCGGUCGGAGGGUCCAUCCCAACUGCAGCUUCUGAGCAAUGGUGAUCGUAAGUGAAAUCUGCAUCCAUACAAAAUUACAAACUAAUGGGACAUGCUGUUACCUGAAAUCAAUUUUGACACUGCGACGUCUGCCUAGUCAAAGCAUCUAUCAUGGAGGUUGAUUCUCUUGAUCUCUGGAUGAGGACGUCACAGAGCGUUCCGUUCGGAUCACUUGGAUGGCAAAUUCUAAAGAUCGGACGGGGAGAACGGGCAAGUUGAUGUUUAUUCGCUCGAGAAGUAUUAAAAGGCACCAAAGCAUAUGCUGGAGCGGCAGGGCAGAUGUAUGGAAAUGAAUCGUGUAGAAAUCAGCCCUCGUCAACAAUGUAUAUUCCAUUUCAUGCUUAGUCUCAGAAUGUUAUCACGUUCUGCGGCUUUAGGAGCUUAUGUGGAAGUCGUCAGUGGUGGAGUCGGAGAUUAAAAAUUUCUUGUGCAGUGGCAUUACUUCAAAAACCUUAACGUCGAAUGCAUAAUGAAAUGAUUGAGGGCACUAUGCACAUUAAUGAGGCGCACCAAGUUCCAAUAUAUAAAUAAAUAAACGAUUGAAGAUCA